CUUCUGUGUCAGGAAAUCCCCAUGAAUUUCAUCGAUCCCAAAGAUCUGGACAUCCCAAACUACGGACCCAAGAACAGAUACAAGACCAUACUUCCCAACCCUCAUUCCAGAGUGAUCCUGAAGUCGAAGAGCUGCAACGACCUGCUGAGCUCCUACAUCAAUGCUAACUACAUACGGGGUUACCUAGGCGACGAGAAGGCGUUCAUCGCCACCCAGGGUCCCAUGGUGAACACGGUGAACGACUUCUGGCAGAUGGCCUGGCAGGAGGAGUCCCCCGUCAUCGUCAUGAUCACCAAACUGAAGGAGAAGAAUGAGAAGUGUGUUCUGUAUUGGCCUGAAAAGAGGGGAAUCUAUGGGAAGGUCGAAGUGUUGGUCAACAGCGUCAGAGAGUGUGAACAUUACACCGCUCGCAGCCUUACAUUAAAGUGUGGGAAUCAAACCCGCAUGCUGCAGCAUUACUGGUACACAUCAUGGCCCGACCACAAAACCCCCGACUCGGCGAUGCCGCUACUGCAGCUCAUGACCGACGUUGAGACGGACAGACGGACGGCUGCCGCCAUGGGACCCGUUAUUUUUUACCCACGUUCCUCUACUUGCAGCGCCGGGAUUGGCCGGACAGGAUGCUUCAUCGCUACAACGAUAGGCUGUCGACAGCUGCAGCUGGAGGGAGUGGUGGAUGUUCUGAGCAUCACCUGCCGGCUCAGAGCUGACAGAGGAGGGAUGAUCCAGACAGGUGAGCAGUACGAGUUCGUCCAUCACGCCUUGAGCCUGUACGAGACCCGCCUAUCUGCAGAAACAGGCCAAUGAGUGUGCGCCGCCACAGGAGGUGUCGACCUAAACCUGGAUGUGUUGUCAUAGUGAGUCCUUUAGCAGGUAUGAUCCCUGAGAUUUGGAAGUUCUCUUGAGAUUAGAAACAACUGGAAGAGGUCUUUUUAAGUUUAAUGGACAACAUGGACAACCAAUGAGUUGUGGGUGGAGCCUAUUGAAGGAAAGAGGAAAGGUACAUUUCUGGAAAUGAAAUAUAUCCGUUCUUCUCUGCUGUUUCUUCAUGUGUUGUUGGUGGGGGGUUCUCCAGAAGAACUGGAAAGACCCGCCCACUUCACUUCUCUCAACCAACUGACUGCCGGAUCGUGACGUUUUUAACUAACCAGAUUGUCCUGUUACCUCUUUUCUGUCAAGGAGACGUAGAAAUAGUUUGACUGAAAUUGAUGGUACUUUGUUUCAUAACACUGUUGUGUUUGUGUCUUUUUAGAUUUAAAAAUUAUUUUUUAAUGUGGGGUUCUUAUAAGAAAGGCAAUCACAAAUUGACUGUUAGCUGGUUGCAUUUUCUGUUAAGCUACGAUACAACUGUUGAACAAACCCUUCCAGCCUCCCUUUGUGACAUCCACACUCCGUACGAUACUCCGUGAUUCUGCCACGUUACAUUACCCACCUUCAAACUUUUUGGGGAAGUCGAACAUUAAUUUUGACCUUUUAUCCUGAGGCGGGUUGUAUCAUCAAAGUUAUUUCAUCAUCAUCUCUUAAUUGUUAGAACUUAAUUUUAAAUGUCAUAUGUCAGAAAACCUUCAGCUCAAGUAACCUGAAAAGUUAGCUUGACAACUAGCCAGCAGAAACAUUUAGCAAACACAUUUAUUUUUUUAUGUUUUUAUGUUAACGUUACUUUCUGUUUAACCAGACAGUGUUGAGUAGGUGAGUCAAUGCUAUGGUUAGCAAGCUAACUAACUGACAUUAUCUUAAAACCCAUUUCAUUUGUAACCAAGACUAAUAAAGUACAACUUUUGUGAUGCGAAUGAUUAAACCAACUUUAUAAUCUUUAUUUUCCCUGUCGUCACUGCUCUGCGCAUUUCCACUGGACGUAUGUUUUGCAGCUUUGAAACUUACAGAGUGCUGAAGUCACAAACGGGGCUAACUCCAGCCAUAGAUCACACGCUAAAGGCUAACAAACCAAUGUAAUGAUAAAUAAGCUCCUGCUAAGCUAGCACUAGUAGUACAGCAAUCUCAUAGAGGCUAAUUCUAGCUUUUGUAGUUCGGUGUUAAUCCGUAUGCUUUAACGUCAUUAAUGGAUGCUAACCUAUAAGCUCAUGCUAUUAUUAGCCCGCUAUGCUUAUGCAAUAUUUUGUUAAACCAAUUAAUCUUAUAUUCCGCAGCUAAACCAUGCUCGUAAAAUAUUAUAACAAUUUGUAAUACUAUUUCACAAAUUCAGCUUCGCCGAGGUUUUGACUGAGUAAGAAUUAUGGGAGCUGUUUACAAAUGCUGACCUACUAAUUGUUGUUUUAUCUAAAAUAGAUAAAUAGAUAAAUUGAUGGUAGCAAUAGAGACCUAGUUAUCCUAGAAUAUAUGGACACAACACCCCACCAUCAUGUUAAAACAUUUAGAAAGACCCAAGGAAUAAAAUGUACAAAACAUUUAAAAAUGGCAUAAUUUAUAGAUUUGAUCCACAAUUAAAAUGAAAACUGACAUUUUAGCCAAAGUUUAGUUUUUCAGCACAGGGCCAAAUUGAAAAACAUAGUUUGCUGAGACUUAUUCAUCACACGACAGAUUUACACUUAAACUCUUUAUAGUAGUUAACCCUGUUUAUUGAAUUGACAAUUCCCAUGUUGUGUAAUAUGUUGCUUUAUACCAAAAAUGUGAAAUAAUUGUCACAAUGGUGCAGUCAUCUCAUCAGUGUGCUGUUGUAAAUCUAGUAAGUGCGUUAUUUUUAGUGUAUCAAAAUAAUACCUUUAUUUUUAUACUGUUUUUUUUUUACAUGUUUUUGAUGAGUUUAGCAGCUAUUAUCCAUUUGUCACCUCGCAUGAAAGCUCACGAUGUGAGGUACGAACCUCAAAUCUCUAAAUCUUGAAUUUAACAGAAGCAGAUGAAAAAAACAAUACAAAUUUUAUCCGAAUCAGCAAAUCGAAUUUUGAACAAGCCACACCCGUUGUUUAAGCUUUACUAUCUUAAUGAUGGAGGAAUACGUUUUAAGCAGUAGAAGAAUAAACAUGAAAUACUGAGAGAUAAAGUUGUUGUGAACAAUACGGAUUGAUUUUGUAUUUCUUUAGAUAAGUUUUAUAAUUACAUUGACACUGCAUUGAAAAAUGUCAAAAUAGUAAUGAGACUACACAACUCAACCAAACCAUUCGAGUGCCAUUACAUUGGAAAAAUAAAGUCAAGAAAAGGGUGUGAUGCUCAGUUUUUAUACGCCCAAUAUUACUACAUGUUUAACCAUAAAAGGCUAAGAAAUGAAAUAAAUACUGAGGUGGUUUUAUUAGUUCCUGAGGUGUUGAUUUGUUUUAGAGAUCUGGGGUUUCUACAGUAAUGCCAGUAACGAAGAACAUAAACAAAUACAUCUAAUCCACUGUCUGUGUGAAUGGGAUAAUGUUGUGUGGUACAUGUUAAAGUGCUAUUAAACCUAAUGUAAGAAGUCGAGUUUCAAUCCAUGGGCUACAAACAUGGAGGUGUUGCUGCUAAAACUGGGAGCGUUGGGACCGGACCGCUGACGGACAAUAAACGAGAGAAUCUUGGAGGACUCUUUCUUUUUAUGUACCAAAUAUUUUUUUAUUUAUUCCUUUUAUUUGUUAUACAAUCAAGGGACUUUGGACCUGCGUCUCUUCGUGCCCAACAUGCCUCGUGGGACCACCGUCAAAACAAUUUUGACUUCGGCCAGUUCAAGAAUUGGAUUGACUUCAAACUCCAAAGUGGUUAAAAAUCUGAAAUAUUACAUUGUGAUAUUGACGUAACUCUCUGUUUGAACUGAUGAUGGGAUCAAUUCACUUUCACUACAGAAAGUGAAUUGAUCCCAACCUCCACACCCACUGCAGCAGCGGGUGCAACAACACACACUGCCUCUGACGUAGUAUUGUGUAUGUACAGUAGGUGGUGGUUCAUGUCCUGUACUCUGUUGUUGUUGACUGUUGAUGGAGCUUAAAGGGACACUACACAUUUUCAGUUUUAGACAGUUGUCAUGCUGUUGUAGAGAACAAAAUAUUCUUUAUAUGCAUUCAUUGGUUACCAAUGUAGGAGUUUAACAUUGUGUGUAAGGCUUUAUUUUAGAGCUCACAUAGUUUUCGCAAAUUUUAAAUAGAGAAAUGAAAUGCAUCAUAGGAUGUUUCUUGGAAAGGAUUCGGAAAUGUGCAACUAAAAAUAGGGAAUUGGACACAGUACACUUGAAUUAAUAAUAACCAAUCAGUUGUUAAUUAGUUGUAAUUAGAGAAUUCUUCAACAGGCAGACAAUUAUACAAUUCAACAUAUAUAGAGUAAUAAAUACUUACAUUUUUUGUGGGUUUAAUAGAGAGCCUAAGUCUCUCGCUUCACUUUCGCCCAAUGGGACCUUAUUUCCGAACAAAUACACUGAACAAACACUGAGACCCUGGUUCAAUUCCCCACUGUGACACGUCCACCAAUGUGUCCCUGAGCAAGACACAUUACCCCUAGUUGUUAAAAUGUAAGUCGUUUUGGAUAAAAACGUCAGCUAAAUGAAUAAAAUUUAAAUGUAAUGUCACAGUUAAGUUGCACUUUACUCGAUUUUAAAACACAGCCUAAACCAAUAAACUGAAAUUUGUAAAUAUUUAUUAAAAUAAAAUGCCCUGGAGAACUGAAAAAGCUGUUUACCUUACAAACACCCAUAUCAAUAAGAGCAGAGCAAUUAAUAACAACAUUAGCUAGUUAAACUGCCAAUUUAAGAUCAUGCAAACGAUAGUUGGUUAGUUUACUACUACUAUAACAAGUGAGGGGGAAAAAAAGCUCAUGUAAAUAAAUUGUCCUUCUGCUAACAUUAACUAGUACAAGGACCAACUUUGGCUCAUGUAAAAGUUCUUUUACCAACAUUAGCCAAUGAAGUCUGAAAGUUCUCAGUCAUCCAGGUCAGAGUUGUCCAAAGAAGGUUAAAGAUACCAGAAGACAUUUCAUCUCUCAUCCGAGAGACUUAUUCGAAUCUGAAAUGACUGGUAGGGAAACUCAGCUAUUUAACCUCAGUGGGGUCGUUUGCCAGGAUCAUCGAUACCGCUGGUUCGUUAGUGCUCCUGGCUGUGGUAAAGACAGUCGCUAUGGUCGUUAGAACCACCCGUGGCCAAGUCUGAACGACCAUCGUUGGCAUCUUCACCUGAGGCCAAGAGGUAUUUCUUGUUGAGUUUCCUGGGAACUUAUCCUCCACUAACAAUGCUGCCCUUUCAUCACUUCCCAGGAAACGUAACAAACGUAACCUCUGGUCGUUCAGACUUGGUUCUAACGGCAUUACCACAGCCAGGAGCGCUAACGAACCAGUGGUAUCGAUCCCCACAGAGUUUAAAUAGCUGAGUUUCUCUACUAGUCAUUUCAGAACUGAAGAAGUCUCUUGGUUGAAGAUACUAGAAGACGUUUCGUCCCUCACCCAAGUCCAGUUGCUGUCGACUUUAACCUUCUUUGGAUUAGCUAAUGAAAUGACCAACUUUGGCUAAUAAAGUUCUUUUGCUAAUAAUAGCUGAUGAAAUGACCAUUUUCAGCUUGUGUAAAAGUUCUAGUGCAAACCAGAGGUUUAUUUUCAAACUAAUCCUCCACACCACAUUUUUCUUCUGCUAGUUAACUACGAAGACAAUCAGCUGAUUUAAGUUAGCUUGCUAAUGAUAGCUGUUUGUUACAAAACCAGGUGGUGGUACAAUCAUUUAAAAAAAGCUUUUUUGUUGCAUGUUUAUUUCUCCUGCACAUAAUGAUGAAUACAUAAAAAAAUAUUUUAUUUAGAUUGACCAUUUCUGCUGUACAUGCAUGUGCUGUAGGAGGAGUCAAAUGUGACAGAAGGUCCUGAUCUGAAAGGGAGGGGUGACGGCUUGUUUCCAAGUUAGUACUCUUUAGGGUUGAAAAACUAGAACUUUAUUUCAAACUUAAAAAAUAAACAAAAUAUGGCAGUAAACCUUCAAUAAAUAUAACCAUUAGCUCACUGACUAGCGAGCAGAUUCAUUUAGCAAGCACAUUUAUGUCAAUGCUAACAAUAUCUUAAAAUUCAACAAUCUUGAUCUGAACACACAUCAGUUCUAAUAAUUAGUGUGAGUUUCAGCACGGCAACAAUAUGAACAAGAAUUUUUAGGACAGAUUCCAUGUAGAGCCACAUUAAAAUAAAAUAAAAAUGUUAGUGUCCCUUUAAACUCCUGCUGUGUGGGCAAUUCAGCUCGGUCAGCGUACACCUAAUGCUAAUAAGUGUACGUACGGUACGUGGUUUUUAACUGUAUUACUAAUCAAAUUGAAUGUUGUAAUAGUCGGGAACAUUAGCCACUGAGUAGUGCUGUAACCUCUUUAUCUACUCUACUAUAUAUACAUAUAUAUUGUUACCUGUAAUCUGUAUAUAAACACUGGAUAAACAAUUAA